AGACACGGUGGGAGCGAGACACACAAACGGACAGUGUGUGAGAGAGAGAGGGAGGGAGGGAGAUAGACAGGCGCGAGAGAGUAGUAAGUCAAACGCAACUCAAAAGACCAGAGGACUGGUGGGACUUCUAUUGCUGUUUCAUUUGGGGAUCCAUACAGUUUACACAGGCAGUUCCAUCAGAACUGGACUUUCUUUUAUUGGACAAAGGUGCGCUCGGCUGUGCGCUCGGCUGUGGAGGACAGGCUGGAUGCCAUGGACCCGCUGUUGCCCGCAGACGCGGACGUGAUGGAGCGAGAGGCAGACAAGGACGCGAGGAGGAAGAUCCAGUUCUCCGUGCCUUCCUCCGUGCCCACCCAGCUGGACCCGCGACAGGUGGAGAUGAUUCGACGUCGGAGGCCGACACCAGCCACACUCUUCAGACUGACAGACCCGCCAUCACCAGAGGAAGAAAUUGGCCCUCACCAGUGGGUUCUGGGGGAAAAUGGAGCCUUGAAAGCCAAACUGGUUAACACGUCAACCUACCAGCCCCCCUCACUAAAAGCUGUCCAGAGAAUGGCGCUGGCCCACCUGGCCUCCCUGGACAUGUCUUCUGUGGACAAAGAUGAGCCCUCUUCUGGGGAGGAAGAGGAGGAACGUGAAAAGGAGAGCCAUCAGACAGCCUCAGCUACAGAUCUAAGGGUAGAAAGCAAACCUCUCAGGGAACAGUGUGCUCCACCGGACAGUUUGACAGGAAGUGCUGAUCUGAGCCGUCACCACGAAGACAAAAAGAAGGCCAAAGAAAGCGAGGAAGAAAAGGGAGAAUGACAAAAGAACAGGGCUCCGAUGCAGACAAAAUGUUAAGUGUGGGACAGACUUGCAUGGCACCCAUAUGGCCAAUGUGUGUGCGUGUAUGGGUGCAUGUAUGAGUGUGUGUUAUCUGGGUCUGUGAGCAUGAGCGUGUGCAUGCAUGCGACAAAUGAGUUAAAUGUGGAAAAGAGAGAGGAAAACAGACAUUGAGGAAGGUCAGAGUAUUAAUGAGGAAAACUUUAACCUGAGACCUGUGAAGGAAAUCACGUCUCGGUCAGCCGAGGAAGCAAGAGCUAAAUUCCAAUCAGCCAAGGACACUGUACAAGAAAUAUGAGAACUGCAAAGAACUGUGACAUUUUUCCGUGACUAUGGGUGAUUUUUCUUUUCGAGAAAACGAUAUCCAUGUGUGAAGAAUCAGAUUAUGAAUCACCUUUAUUCACACACAUGGACAGGGAAAGUCACAUGAUGCUGGUGCUCAACCACAUGUUUCAAAACCAAUUAGAAAGAGCGGAUGAUGUACGCAGCUCAAGAUAAGCCAGCAUAAACACCAUUUUAUGCAUAUUGUAAAUACAUUUAACAUUCUAUUUCAUCUGUAGUCUGAUGGUCAAAGUGCAACUACGUUUGUGGGUCCUGAUGAAGUUGUUGUUUUAUAGUAUUUCUCACACAGUUCAACCGCAGAUUGUGAACAAGGUCCAGAUGCAAUUGCAGUACAUACAUUUUAUUACAUUAAAUAGCAUACUAUAGUAUGAUAAGUAUAUAGGACACAGUAAUGUCGCAGAGCCAAUCCCUAUUCGAAUUUAACAAUCCACCCUCUCAGUUUGCGUUCCUCAACCUCAAUCAUGUGUGCAAGGUCAAGGAAACCAGAGGAUGUAUUACAGACAAUUUGAGCGCAGUCAAAGCCACAGCAGACCAGAUUAAAUCAUAUCAGACUAAUCCAGCUAAUAACGAUAAUGCACCACAGUUUCACCGGUUUGAUAGAAACAGGCUUUUUGUAACACAGCGAUUAGCAAGCAGGAUCUGUUUUGGGAAGGGAGGGAUGAUCGGUGGGAACUGAAAGAGGACAUAUUUUUCCGAUAACAAUAUAUGUGAUGAGUGUGAAGGUUAAUUCUUGACCAUGACCAGUAUAUAGAUGAUGUUUUGUGUUGGUUGCUAAUCAAACAAUUAUAGUGUGCAUUUGGUGUUUGUGUGAUUGUAUGUCAACUUAAUCUGCUGGAAUGUUGAUGCCCCAAUCAUAUUUAUUUUCUAAGAAAAGAAAGACAAAAUACUUUAUUUGGCAUUUCACAUGGAGUCAGCAUGUCAUUUGGACAUGUGGCAAAGUGGUGUUUGAAUACAGCAAAACACAGUGAGUUUUAUUAAAUGAAAACUUUUCAUGAUCUUUAUUCUUGUCCAUUUGUGAACAGCCUUGGAUGUAGACAUGAAUAUGUGUGUUGUUUACCAUGGUCAGCUGUGCUAAAUCAUGCAUAUACCUCUGCUUAAUCAAUAAUAAUUUCAUCUGGAUACUUCCCACUUAACUUUUACUCCUUUCUUGCUUUUGCAAAAAACACCCCAGACACAUCAUCGACCCCCACCCUCAUGUCGUGAGGCAGUAUGUAAACCUCCAGCCUGAUCAGGGUGUAGCCGUUCUCCUUCAAACUAACACAGACCUGGGCCUCAUUCAGUGGGA